AUGGCUCAAGAAAUGGAUUCUACACUCAAUUUCACCCUUGGUCCCGAUGCUAAUCUCUUGCCUGAACUACAGGGUGUACUAGAUGGUUUCAUACAUGGGUAUGAUCAAGGGAUCCCCAAGCACGGUAUUGGUGCGCUAAGGUGGUUCACCCCAGAGAAUCACAGUUCGGCAGUUCUAGCAAGAGACAAGAUUCACGCCUCGAUCUCCCAAGAGGUAGAAAGCCAAGCGAAUGUUCGGACCUCACCUUUAGGCUUGGUAGUCAAUGCAGAUGGAAAAAUGCGUCCAAUUAACGACCUAUCCUUUCCGAAAAAGGACCUGACUAUACCUUCAGUCAACUCCUUCGUGAAUAAAUCUCAUUUUGAGACGACGUGGGACGAUUUUAACAUUGUCACAGAAUUUUUCAGACAAAAUGACGGUCAGUUCGACCUGGCCCUAUUCGACUGGGAGAAGGCAUAUCGGCAAGUACCCACCAGAAUGGACCAAUGGCCUUUCCUCAUGGUACAAGAUCUAGAUGGCGGUCUAUUCAUAGACACACGAAUUACCUUUGGGGCGGUGGCCGGUUGUGGGUCGUUCGGGAUACCAGCGGACGCGUGGAAGAGGAUUAUGACCCACGAAUUCGAUGUCGAAAAAAUAUUCAGGUGGGUUGAUGAUAACCUGUUUGUCAAACGAUCAUCCAAAUCUUUUAGUAUUCGAGACAUCGUGUCGAGGUCCCUGGAAUUAGGGGUGCAGACAAACGAAGAAAAAUGCUCAGAUUUCAGUAUUGAACAGAAGUUUAUAGGGUUUGUUUGGAACGGAAGGGAUUCGACGGUCCGUCUACCCAAGCCAAAGCUGGAACAGCGAAUAACGCAAAUAGAGGUAUUUCUAGUACCGAAGGCCGAAUUCAAGUAUAACGACGCUGAAGUAUUGGCUGGUCGUUUGAAUCACGUCUCGUACCUGCUACCCCAACUACGAGCAUACCUCCGCGGAGUCUACCGAUGGAUGAACGAAUGGAAGAAAAAGAUGGCUACUAGAACGGUCCCUGCAGACGUCAUCUCUGACCUUGCUUUUUGGCGGGAAUCCCUCUUAAAUUUUGAGCACACUCGACUGGUUCAGUCAUGCGAGGAGAAGGAGUUGAACUGGGUAGGCGACGCCUCCACAGGUUUUGGAAUAGGCGUCCUGAUUGGGCACAGGUGGUGCCAGUUCAGGAUGAAGGAGACAUGGAGGGAAGGGACCCCUUCCAGAGGAAUAGCAUGGUUAGAGACCGUAGCGAUCAGACUAGGCGUACUUAUGUUGAUAGAGUUGCAUCUAGUUGCAAAGGGGACGAACUGCGUGGUCUGGACCGACAACACGGUGACACAAGCGACACUCGUCUCCAAGAAGUCUAAGGAUGCCUUUGUCAACGACGAGUGGAAGAUCAUUCAAACCCUCCUCAUAACGAAUCAGCUAGAUAUUACCCCGAAAAGGGUUGCCUCUAAAGACAACCGGGCAGACGCGUUGUCCAGGGGGAUACAAAAGCCUCAUGUCAAGGAGAACAGGGUCUGGGUGGACAUCCCCAACGACUUGGUACCUUUCCUGUUUCACGCAUAG